AUGGUCAAGGUCAAAAAGGGAAAGACGAAACGAUCAGCGCCCAUGAAAUCGGCCCCGGAGUCGUCCAAGGUCACGGACGUGCCGGCUAUCAUCGACAAGGCCCAUGUGCUUCUGGCCCAGUCCAACUUCGAGCUUGCGAUCAAGUUCCUUGAGCGUGCGCUGUCGCUAGAACCGGGAAACCUCGAGGCGCGAGAGCUGCUGGGCGUUGCGGAGCUCGAGGGUGGAGAUGUUGACAACGGUCGCCAGCACCUUCUCCAGCUUUUCCCGCCGCAUACUUCUGAGGCUCCGACAUCACCAAGCCCGUACCUGUACCUCGCGCAGACGGCCGGCGACCCGCAAGAGGCACUCGGAUACUACACGACGGCGGUUGCGAUGGUCGAGAACGCACUCGGCAAGGGCAAGGGACGCGCGGAGGAGGGACCAGAGGAGGAGGAGCUGCGGAAGAUGGCCGUCACGGCGCUCGUUGCCAUGAUCGAGAUCUGGAUGAGCGACCUGUGCUUCGAGGCGGCAGCCAGCGACAACUGCGAUGCGCUUAUCGCCCGCGCCAUGGAGAUCGCCCCCGGAGACCUGGAGGCGCUCAUGACGCUCGCGUCUAUCCGCAUGAGCCAGUCCAAGUUUGACGAGGCGAAGGACACUGUGCUCCGCAUCUACGCUGACCUGGAGGGAAGAGAUCCUUGUGAGUUUACCUGA